AUGGCGGGCAGCAUGCAAGCAGCGAAAUUGAAGCUGGACCGAAACUGGACAACAACAUCGGAUCUUAGCGGGUCCUCAAAUCCUGGUCGAUUUGAAGCUGAAGCUGCAAACCUUGUUGUCUAUGGACGUAUUCCUGAACAAAUCGACGGUACAUUUUAUCGAGUUGGACCAGAUCGAUUUCUGCGAAAAGAGAAUGCUGUCCCUAUUGAUGGAGAUGGUUCAGUGUCUGCUUUCCGAAUUCAUGAGAGCCGGAUCGAUUUCAAGAUGAAAUACGUUAAGACUGAGAAACUACGGCUCGAGAUACGAGCUCGAAAACCUUUGUUUGGGGCCUUCCAAAACCCCUGGGAUCGCCAUCCUUGUAUCAAAGCUGCCGUUGAUUCAUCCGCAAAUACCAACGUUAUCUAUUGGGCCCAGCGCCUCCUUGCACUGGAAGAAGUUGGAAAUUCCUAUGAAAUCGACCCAAACACCUUGGACACCUUGGGCUAUGAUCCGUUCUAUGAUCAGGUCAAGUCGAAAUCAUUCUCGGCUCACCCUCAUGUCGAUCCUUUCAGCGAAGAACUGGUCACAUUUGGAUUUGCUGCCAAAGGAACCGGGUCGGACGAUGUUGUUACUUGGUCUAUUGGUAAAGAUGGCAAGAAAACCGAAGAACUUUGGGUCAAACAACCCUUUCCAACGUUGAUACACGACUGCGGUAUCACGGAAAACUUUAUCAUCCUCAUGCCCUGGCCUUUUGGCCACGAUAUCGAGCGUAUGAAGAAAGGCGAGCAUCACUGGAUGUACCGGCCCGACCGACCAGCUCCUUUUGUGGUGGUCCCUCGCAGAAGUGGCUCUCCUCCCGCUGGCUGGGCGCAAGGUGAAAGUCGAGUAUAUUACUGGCACAAUUGCGUCAACAUACACUCUGCAGGGGCCUGGGAAGAGAAUGGCAAGCUGUACAUCGAAGCAACCAGGGUACUCGGCAAUCACUUUCCCUUCUUCCCAGACCCUGAAGGUAAUGUACCAUUGGAACCCCCCAAAGCGGAUUUUGUCCGCUGGGAGAUCGAUCCUACAAAGCCUAGUGACUCUUGGCUUGGUGAUCCAGAGACUGUUAUCGAUAUUCCAUCAGAAUUUCCGCGCAUUGACGAGAGAUUUAUGACAAGGAAGUACAAGAUCAUCUUCAUGGCUGUUUUCUUGCAGGACGAAAACACGUCUUCCGAUAACAUCUAUCAUGGACUGAAUGCUCUAGCCAUGAUCAACAAAGAGACUGGCGAUACGGAAUACUUCUACCCUGGAAAUGGUGCGACAGUGCAGGAACCAACUUUUAUACCACGAUCUGACGAUACGCCGGAGGGAGAUGGCUGGAUUAUGUCGGUGGUUGAGCAAGCAGACGCUCGUGGCACUGAACUUGUGUUCAUUGAUACCAGGGAAUUCAGCACCCCCAUUGCGAUUGCAGCGCUUCCGUUCCAUGUCAAGUCGCAAAUUCACGGCAACUGGGUAGACGCUAAAGAAAUGGGGUCGCGGAAGCCCCUGACCUAUUUCCCGGAGAGCGAGAUCAAGCUCUUCAACAAGGGUCCUUUGGAGCCCCUUUGAUGAAAUUGAUCAUCUGGAAGAGCUUGUACAUG